AAAACAAAACAUAUUUGUCGCUCAAACUGCGUUCUGUGUCAAUGUGUGACUUUAAAGUGUAUUUUCGUUCGAAAUUUUCGUCAAGAAUCUCCAAACAUCGAUUCAACCCUAUUUAUUAACCCAAAAGAAACCCCGCUUCGAAAAGAAGUUACAUCCAAGUUCUUGUAAAGCAACCUAACCUCACUUCAUUUUCUUGUUUUGGCGGAUUCAUUCUAAAUUAUGUCCGAUCUAUCUUUUAGCGAUUUUUUCGCAAAAUCCAAAGAAGCCGGAGACGUUAAAGCACAAGAUCACGUGAUUAAUCAAAUUUUUUUCUCUUGUGCGGGGGAAAAUGAUACGCUGGUAAAUACGGAUAAGUUAAUUUCGUUUAUUACGCCGUUUUUACACGAUAAUGCAAGGGCCGCAACUCAAUUAAGAAAUGUAAUUGAUCCGAAUAAUUUAAACGAAGAAAUCGAUUUCGAUCAAUUUUACUUGUUGAUGGAGACUUGGAUAUCUACGAUGUCAGUUGGGGAAGAUUUUCAUCGUUCUGAUUUUCAUGGGGUUGAUUAUGGUGAUUUGGACUGUAAGGAUAAGGGGAAAAGUAAUAAAGAUUUAAAUAAAACAAACCUUGAGGAGCAAAUUCAAGAAUUGGAGUAUCAAAAGAAGAAAAUGGCAGAGGAGAUGGAACAGGUUAAAUUGGAGCUUGCAAAUAGCUUGGAAAUCAACGAAAAUUUGCAAGAUCGUUUGGAUAAAUCGUUAAAAAAGAUCAAGGAGGAACAAAAAUUGGUGGAAAAGCUUCAAGAAUCGCUCAAAAAUAAAGAUGAAGACCACGAUGUUGAAACUGAACGAAUUAAAAAACUUUAUGAUGGGUUACAAAAGAAGAUUAUAUCCUUAGAAAUAAAAAUUGCUGGUUACAAUGAUGAUUUGAUCGAGCUACAGAAUGAAAAUGAAAAAUUGGAGGAGAAAAACCAACGAUUAUUGAAGGAGAAAGAUGCGAUCGUUGAUGAAUUGUUCACGUUACAAAAAGAAAUUAACGAAUGGAAAGAGGAUUUUGCAUCACAACAAGAAUUAUACGCGACUCUCCACGAGGAAAAGAAAAAUCUUGAAGAUACCGUUGAAGAGUAUUUAUGCGAAAUUGAAAAAUUAAGAUUUGAAAAAACCACUUUGGAGAGUUUAUUGAAUAAAUCAACUUUUUCUUCGUCGUUUACUCAAUCUCGUUCAUUUAAUAAAAGCAACAAUAAAAGCGAUACGAAUCGUUCGAUGGAUGAUUUGUCGAAGGAAAGCGAUAGUGGGGAUGAGUUACCGAUUAAAUUGCAUUAUAUGGCUGCUAUGACCAACACUAAUGAGAGUUUACAAGAGGAAAUUAGCAAG